GUUAUUGUUUAUUUUUUUUUACAAGUACAGAGGGAAUAUCAUUUUUUGAGGGUAUUUUAAAUUUUACAGUUAUUUUGUACCUUGUAGUUAUUUUGUCCACCGUAUUUGGAGAUUUGGACAUUUAUAAUACAAGCAAAGAAUUAUAGAGACAUUACCAAAUAUUACUAAAACAUAUAAAAUCAUGUUUAAUCAAACUGAAGUAAAGCAAGAAGUGGGUGAAACGACUUGCAAACUAGAAAUAGAUAAUGAAGUAGAUGAAGAUCUAAAGGAUACCUUUAAAAUUGAAAUUAAGGAGGAACCUGCCAGGGAAAGUACUUAUGAUACAUUUGAUUAUUUGGACGUUAAGAAAUGUCCUAUAAAAGCGGAAAUAGAACAAGAUGAUGGUUUCCCUUUUAAAGAUAUGAAAGCUGAUGCCAGUACCUUUUUAACACAUCAAGACAGAAGUGACAGUAAUUUCAACCAAUGUAUAACUUCCACUACCAAUUCCAAUGGUAACACUGAAGGAAAACAUUUUAUAUGUAUCAUUUGCAACAAACCACUCUCAAACCAUUAUCGUUUAGAACUACAUAUGAAGAUACACACUGGGGAAAAACCGUUUGAAUAUGGAAUUUGCACCAAACAAUUUUCAACAAAGAAGUACUUAACACAUCAUAUGCUAGUGCAUACUGAUGAAAAAUCGUUUAAAUGUGAAAUUUGCACCAAACAAUUUUCAACCAAGAGUUAUUUAACAAUACAUAUGAAAUUGCAUACUGAUGAAAAAUCAUUUAAAUGUGAAAUUUGCAAGAAACAGCUUUCAACAAAACAAGCUUUAAAAUCGCAUAUGAGUGUGCAUACUGGUGAAAAACAAUUUAAAUGUGAAAUUUGUCCCAAAAAAUUUUCAACCAAGAGUUAUUUAAAAAUACAUAUGAAAUUGCAUACUGAUGAAAAAUCAUUUAAAUGUGGAAUUUGUACCAAGCAGUUUCCAAUAUAUUUUUAUUUAAAAUCGCAUAUGCGAGUGCAUACUGGUGAAAAACCAUUUAAAUGUGAAAUUUGCACCAAACAAUUUUCAUCGAAACAAGUUUUAAAAUCGCAUAUCAGGGUGCAUAUUGGUGAAAAACCAUUUCAAUGUGAAAUUUGCACCAAACAGCUUUCAACAAAAAAAACUUUAAAAUCGCAUAUGAAACUGCAUACUGGUGAAAAACUAUUUGAAUGUGAAAUUUGCACCAAACAAUUUUCAACAAAGAGAUAUUUGACACAACAUAUCUCAGUGCAUGACAAAUUAUUUAAGUGUGAAAUUUGCACUAAACAAUUUUCCAGGAGACCACUUUUAAAAUCGCACAUGAGUGUGCAUACUGGUGAAAAACCAUUUGAAUGUGACAUUUGCACUAAACAAUUUUCAAGCAAGUGUUAUUUAACAACACAUAUGAGAGUGCAUACUGGUGAAAAACCAUUUCAAUGUGAAAUUUGCACCAAACAAUUUUCAUCGAAACAAGUUUUAGAAAUGCAUAUGACCGUUCAUACUGAUGAAAAACCAUUUAAAUGUGAAAUUUGCACCAAACAAUUUUCCAGGAAACAAUUUUUAACCCAACAUAUCUAUGGACAUGAAAAAUUAUUUAAGUGUGAAAUUUGCACUAAACAAUUUUCCAGGAGACAACUUUUAAAAUCGCAUAUGAGUGUGCAUACUGGUGAAAAACCAUUUAAAUGUGAAAUUUGCACUAAACAAUUUUCAAGCAAGUGUUAUUUAACAACACAUAUGAUAGUGCAUACUGGUGAAAAACAAUUUAAGUGUGAAAUUUGUACUAAACAAUUUUCCAGGAGACGACUUUUAAAAUCGCACAUGAGUGUGCAUACUGGUGAAAAACCAUUUGAAUGUGAAAUUUGCACUAAACAAUUUUCAAGCAAGUGUUAUUUAACAACACAUAUGAGUGUGCAUACUGGUGAAAAACAAUUUAAAUGUGAAAUUUGCCCCAAAAAAUUUUCAAGCAAGAGAUGUUUAAGAAUACAUAUGAAAUUGCAUACUGAUGAAAAAUCAUUUACAUGUGGAAUUUGUACCAAGCAGUUUCCAAUAUAUUUUUAUUUAAAAUCGCAUAUGCGAGUACAUACUGGUGAAAAACCAUUUAAAUGUGAAAUUUGCACCAAACAAUUUUCAUCGAAACAAGUUUUAAAAUCGCAUAUCAGGGUGCAUACUUGUGAAAAACCAUUUCAAUGUGUAAUUUGCACCAAACAAUUUUCAUCGAAACAAGUUUUAGAAAUGCAUAUGACCGUUCAUACUGAUGAAAAACCAUUUAAAUGUGAAAUUUGCACUAAACAAUUUUCCAGGAAACAACUUUUAAAAUCGCAUAUGAGUGUGCAUACUGGUGAAAAACCAUUUGAAUGUAAAAUUUGCACUAAACAUUUUUCAAGCAAGUAUUAUUUAACAACACAUAUGAAAUUGCAUUCUGAUGAAAAAUCAUUUACAUGUGGAAUUUGUACCAAGCAGUUUCCAAUAUAUUUUUAUUUAAAAUCGCAUAUGCGAGUACAUACUGGUGAAAAACCAUUUAAAUGUGAAGUUUGCACCAAACAAUUUUCAUCGAAACAAGUUUUAAAAUCGCAUAUGAGUGUGCAUACUGGUGAAAAACCAUUUGAAUGUGAAAUUUGCAAUAAACAAUUUUCAAGCAAGGAUUAUUUAACAACACAUAUGAGAGUGCAUACUGGUGAAAAACAAUUUAAAUGUGAAAUUUGUACUAAACAAUUUUCCAGGAAACAACUUUUAAAAUCGCAUAUGAGUGUGCAUACUGGUGAAAAACCAUUUGAAUGUGAAAUUUGCACUAAACAAUUUUCAAGCAAGUAUUAUUUAACAACACAUAUGAAAUUGCAUUCUGAUGAAAAAUCAUUUACAUGUGGAAUUUGUACCAAGCAGUUUCCAAUAUAUUUUUAUUUAAAAUCGCAUAUGCGAGUACAUACUGGUGAAAAACCAUUUAAAUGUGAAGUUUGCACCAAACAAUUUUCAUCGAAACAAGUUUUAAAAUCGCAUAUUAGGGUGCAUACUGGUGAAAAAACCAUUUCAAUGUGAAAUUUGCACCAAACAAUUUUCAACGAAACAAGUUUUAAAAUUGCAUAUGACCGUUCAUACUGGUGAAAAACCAUUUGAAUGUGAAAUUUGCACUAAACAAUUUUCAAGCAAGUGUUAUUUAACAACACAUAUGAGAGUGCAUACUGGUGAAAAACCAUUUGAAUGUGAAAUUUGUACUAAACAGUUUUCAAUGAAGGUAUAUUUAAAAUCACAUAUGAGACAGCAUACUGGUGAAAGACGGAAAAAAGGAAUGUUUAAAAAGACAUUUGGCAGUGCAUAAUCAUGAAAAACCAUUAAGAUGUAAAAUUUGUAUACAGUUUUCAACGAAAUUUUUUUUUAAAAUCGCAUUUGAGAGUGCAUACUGAUGUAAACAAUUUUCAUAUAAUUCCGAUUUAAAUCCACAUUUGCAAAUUCAAAUUGGUGAGUAGCUCCAUUGGGAUUUGUGAGAUCCACCGGAUUAUUGACAGUAUCCAACAGACACACAUCGAGAAUCAGCUUUGGAUAGUGCUGCAUUGUUGAACUCUUUUGAAUAUUUUUCAUUGGCCCCUCUAAUUUUAUAUCUAUUUGCCGUUGUUGGCUUCAAAAUAACAGUUGAAAUUUAAUUGCUUUUGAAUAUGUUUACUUAUACAAUUAAUAGAUAUCACAC